CAAGCGCUAAACAUAUACGCCAAUCAAAUCGUCAAAUUUCCCUCGUUCGAAGUGCUCAUCUGCACAUUCGCCAGCACUCAAGAUGGUCCUUGGCAAGCUCUUUAGCGGGCUGUUCAAGAAGAAGGAAUCGCUGUCGGAGCCUGCUGCGCCGAUACCAGCGCCGCGUGUGAUCGCUGUGGCGACUCCCGCCUCUUCUUUGCCACCGCGACCUUCUGCGUCCAACAAUGCGGUCGCGAACGCAGGAGUGUUCGAUGACGCCGACUUGUCCCCACAACAACAGGGCCUAGGGUUUUCCGGCGAGUAUGAGUUCAUCAAGGAGCUCGGGAAAGGUGCUACUGCCGUCGUGAAGCUAUGUCGUCGCCUCCACAGUCAAGACUCCGACAACCAAACGGACGACGAGUACGAGAAUUUGGUCGCGUUGAAGGAGUUCAAGACGUCCUUGCUCAAGAAGAUCAAGGAAUUCAAACGCGAAGGACGUCGCAUGAUCGUCUCGACCGCAUUAGACAAAGUCCAAGUCGAGAUUGCUAUCAUGAAGAAGCUGUCGCAUCCGAACUUGGUAUCCCUAGACGCCGUUCUCGAUGACGGUAGCGAACUCCUCGUCCUCGUCCUCGAGUACGCCCCCUUCGGACAGGUUAUGGUCUGGGACGGCGACGAGCAAACGUACCGCCCGAUGCUGGACCCGAAGAUCUUGCGGCACUUUCCCGCUGGCCCCGCGCACCCAGUCCAAUAUGCGCCCAAUGGUUUCCCCGAGCAUCUCGCGCGCAUGUUCUUCCGAGAAUUGGUCGACGGCCUCGAAUACCUCCACACGAACAGCAUUUGCCACCGGGACCUCAAGCCAGAAAACAUUCUCGUGGGGAAGCACGGGGUCGUUAAAAUCGCCGACUUUGGCGUCGCGCACUUUUUCGACGAGUCCGCCGCCGCCAUGCCAAGUCCUCCUGCCGCCAACAACAACUCUCCUCCUUCUAAGGGGUUUGUGACCAAUUCCGCCGGGACAUAUGCGUACAUGGCGCCGGAAUCGCUCGUUUCUGCACCGUACAGUGCGUUUGUGGCCGACAUUUGGGCGCUGGGGGUGACCCUGUACGCGCUCUUGUUUGGCAAGUUGCCGUACUUUGCACCCGACGUGACCGACCUGUUUGACAUGAUUCAGUCGCCGCAACCGGUGGACGUGCCAGAGUCGGCAUCCGUCGAGUUGCGAGAGUUGCUCAGGGGGUUGCUCGAGAAGGACCCGACCAAACGCAUGACGUUUGCCGAGAUCCGACACCAUCCAUGGGUCGUCACGGGGCUGGCCAUCGACGCCGUCGCCGCGUUUCAAACGCGAUGCCAUGACGCGGUCGAGAUCACCGAGCACGACGUCGAACAUGCCCUGACCAAGAUCUCGUCCGUGUCGACCAUCACGACGAUGAAAGUCCGCGGAAAGAAGUGGGCGAUGAAGGCGCGCCAGAAGACUCUGGACCGGAAUGCGUCGUCCGUGAGUGCCAAGAGCGAAGAUGAUGAUGUGUCUCCUACUCCCCACGACAACAUCCAAGCGGCCUAGGACCAAACUCGAGUAUUUUUUAACAUGGACGGAUCAGCAUCGCUCCACACGCACUAGUAGUUUGUCGGAUAAGGGCGUGUCGGCAGA